GUAAUCGGACCAGUAAUUAAAUCAGACAAAGGAAUGUAGGAUCCUGCAAACAAACCUCCUGUCCCUUAACCAGGAAAUCUGGCUGAUCAGUACGUGCAUAUCCUUCAGAGGAGCAUUUUCUAUCACAGAUAAUCCGUAUGUGGCUCGAUAUAAAUGGGAAUACGUUUACUAAUGCUGAAGACUUGUUCCUUUCUCUGACUACGAAAGCCAGGGGCUGCCUGACACCCAGACACGACCUCCAACUUGCAGUUUUAAAGGGAAUUCUUGUCUGAUAGUAUGAGUGAACGAAGCUGCAGAAUGUGGCUCAGCUGGGUCCUGGUUCUAAUCGCUGCUUCUGUUGGUUCCUUUGCUCUGAUGGAGUUGCCCAGACCAAUUCAAGUGCAGAUUAACUCCAGUAACUUCAAGUACGUGCUCCACUGGAUACCUGGAGGACCUGAAGAUUCCACGUACAUUGUUGAGUACCAGAUUUACGGAGAUGCUUGGAAGAUGAAACGUGAGUGUUCCCACACCUCCGCUCACUCCUGCGACUUAACCGCUGAGAUUGCGCAGGAGGAUAACUGGUACUAUGCCAGGGUGAUGGCAGUGGGGACAGACACCAACUCAUCCUGGUCCAUGUCUGAACGGUUCUGCCCUUUGGACAAGACUGUUAUCGGAGCCCCAGCCGUGAAGAACACUGUCAGCACGCGAUCUUUCAAUGUCUGGGCAGAACCACCGAGCCUCCCACCUGUUGGGGGAAUUCGGCGCUCGAUUCAAAACAUUUUCCCCGAGAUUAUAUACGACUUGCAGGUUAGCCAUCCAGCAACAAAUCAAGUGGUAUUUUCUGACAUCAGCAAGAGUGGAAAUUUCACAGUUAAGCCCUUGGAGCCCAGUACCGAAUACCAUGGGACCAUGAAGCUUCUCCUGAAGAGAGGAAUUUUUUCCAAAGAGAGCCAGACUGCACACGUCUUUAUCAAGACUGAGCAAGAAUGGACACUGGUGGCUAUUCUGCCAGCUGCUGCGUUUAUUUUGUUUGUAGUACUCAUCGUUGGAAUAUUUAUCUGGAUGGCGUACAGUUACACAAGACACCACCGAUCUUUGCCCCGAGCCUUGGAUCUGGAGCAAAUCCUUUCGAAGAAGCAGUCUCCACUACAUUUGACUCCAACCCUCCAUCUGAUCUCCAGCCAUAAGGAUAUUUUCCAGUUUGAACACGAUGUCCAUAUGGAGGAUGUGGGUCUCUUAAUGUGCCAUUCCUGUGACAGAGAAGAGAUAUUGAAACCGAUAGAACUUGGCUUGGGCAUGCCGAGGGGCACCUAUGCACCCCAAAAUCACACCAGGAAAACACAGACAAAUGCUCCGAGUUCUAGUGAUUGUGAAGUUCAAAGUGGUCUCUCAUCCGGACCAGUGGAUAAUGGAUGCUCUUCGCUAUAUCGUCCCCAAAGCAGUGAGGGUCCGUCAGAUACUGACGCAUCAAGCCAAAAAUUUCUACAGCCACUGGCUGAAAAUUAUUGGGCAGUUCUUCCAGUGAUAUCUCCAAAAACUGAUGCAAAUGGAGAAAAUGUAUCCACCACACAAGAUAAACCAUUAAGUGCAUUGAAAAUACUGGGAGAAGAACCUUUUUACAAUAAAGAAGGCAAAAUAUUGCACAUUGAUCCUGGAAUGGAGAUGCAGAUAUUGGAUCUCCUGGAUGGACAACCAGUACCAUAUCCAUCAUUCCAUGAUGACAAGCAGCACGUGUACCAGGCCAACUGGCAGGAGAAGCAGCCCAUGGAAAUAUUGUCUUCACUGAAGGAAGAAAUCCAACUCAACCCAUCGUUGUGUCAAUAUAGGCCACAAGUGAAGAGACAAAUAUUUCUGUCACAGUUGGAGGACAAGGAUGUAAUUCAAUGUGAAGGAAUGGAUGGACUCCCACCAAAGAAAUUAUCCUUAACUGAUGUUUUACAAACUGAUCAAUAUUUUCCUGGGCCCUCGCUGUUGGACAACUUCACUGCCCUGGUCCCGGUAAAGCCUCCUUGGGAAAGUGACUACAAAAAUCAGCUGCUCACUUCAAAUUCAUCCAGGAGGGAAGGGCAGCAACUGAGUUUACAGACAGAAACUGUAGCUCAACCAAGCGACCUUCUUGCAAAUUGGGAAGUCCGCGUUCACUUGGACGAUUAGAUCCCUGAAGAAGUACUUCUUCUCCUAGAUCAGGGGUUCUCAACUCUUUUUUUAUUUCAUGCACCCCUACCAUUAACUGAGGGGUCCAUGAAAGCCAGGUUGGGAACCCCUGUCCUAGAAGUAUUCUCCAUCCCUGGUCUGUGUGAUUUGAAUAUAUUGGAACAGGAGGAAGGCAACUUCUAAAGAUACUUGGUGAAUGGAGAAUUUUCAUUCUGAUGUUGAAGCUGAACUAUUAUGAUCUGUAGCCUGGUUCCAAUGCAUUCUAUGGACUGUUAUCAAUGAAGGAAGCCAGGUGGGUGGGAAAGGUAAAGGGCUGGAGAAGAAGGAAUCUGAUAGUUGAGGAGAGUGGAUGUCACUCAUGUUAACUGAGAUGCUAAAGCAAUCUAUAUGAUGACUCUCCAGUAAUAUUUCCUUUCCUCAAACCACUUUUCCUGGUUGUACAUAACAAGAAAUUUAAAUAAAAACCAUUGUAUAUCAUUUGAUUCUAAAUCAUAAAGGAUCAUCGAAUAUUGGACUUUAAAAUCAAACAUAGUUUAUCAGUACAUUACAAACUGUGAAAUGGGUAAGAUUACCACCAGUACAGCCCACUUUUAAUCUACUCCAAGAUCAAUUUAUCCAUUCUUUCCUGCACAGCCGUCCAUUUUUCUAUCAUCCAAGUGCUGAUCUAAGAGGCUCUUUAAUGUCUCGAAGACAUCUGACUCUACCAGCACCCCAAAUAUAUCUGACUCUACCAGCACCCCAAAUAUAUCUGACUCUACCAGCACCCCAAAUAUAUCUGACUCUACCAGCACCCCAAAUAUAUCUGACUCUACCAGGGCCCUAAUAUAUCUGACUCUACCAGCACCCCAAAUAUAUCUGACUCUACCAGCACCCCAAAUAUAUCUGACUCUACCAGCACCCCAAAUAUAUCUGACUCUACCAGGGCCCUAAUAUAUCUGACUCUACCAGCACCCCAAAUAUAUCUGACUCUACCAGCACCCCAAAUAUAUCUGACUCUACCAGGGCCCUAAUAUAUCUGACUCUACCAGCACCCCAAAUAUAUCUGACUCUACCAGCACCCCAAAUAUAUCUGACUCUACCAGCACCCGAAAUAUAUCUGACUCUACCAGGGCCCUAAUAUAUCUGACUCUACCAGCACCCCAAAUAUAUCUGACUCUACCAGCACCCCAAAUAUAUCUGACUCUACCAGGGCCCUAAUAUAUCUGACUCUACCAGCACCCCUAAUAUAUCUGACUCUACCAGGAGCACUCAGAGUCGGAUUGUGGUCGGGCAUGGCAGGGAGAAUUUUUCUUCCUUCUCCCGUCUGCGUGAGAUGUGGGACAUUUGAGAAACUUUGAACUUUACUGUGCUCAUGGACUUCUUCAAUAAGUUAUGGUAUUGUUGCACUGUUGUAACUAUAUGUUAUAAUUAUGUGGUUUUGUCAGUUUUUUCAGUCUUGGUUUGUCCUGUGUUUUGUGGUAUCACCCCGGAGGAAAUAAUGUAUCAUUUCUUAAUGUAUGCAUUACUAAAUGACAAUA